CCUUUCCUUCUCUCCACGUCCAGAGGCGCCAAGCAAUGGCAGCCGGAUGUCGAGUAUGCCCAGCAGUUUGCAGGUGCAGUCAUGUACCCCACCAAGGAGACAGAGAAAUGGGUGGCUCCUCCCUGGAAUGACAAAGACCCGAUACCUGAGAAGUCCCUCUCCAACCUGACGUUGAACUUCGGGCCCCAGCACCCAGCUGCUCAUGGCGUCCUGCGGCUGGUCAUGGAGCUGAGCGGCGAGACUGUGAAGAAGUGCGACCCCCACAUCGGCCUGCUGCACCGUGGCACAGAGAAGCUCAUUGAGUACAAGACCUAUCUCCAGGCUUUGCCGUAUUUCGAUCGUCUCGACUACGUGUCCAUGAUGUGCAAUGAGCAGGCCUAUUCCCUGGCGGUGGAGAAGCUACUGAACAUCACUCCACCCUUGAGGGCCCAGUGGAUCCGAGUUCUCUUCGGCGAGAUCACACGGAUUAUGAAUCACAUAAUGGCUCUCACUACCCAUGCCCUGGACGUCGGGGCCAUGACUCCGUUCUUCUGGAUGUUCGAGGAGAGAGAGAAGUUGUUUGAGUUCUACGAGCGGGUCUCCGGGGCUCGGAUGCAUGCGGCCUAUGUCCGGCCAGGCGGGGUGCACCAGGACAUGCCCCUGGGGCUGAUGGACGAUAUUUACGAGUUCUGCAAGAACUUCUCCAUCCGGAUCGACGAGCUGGAAGAGAUGCUGACGAACAAUCGGAUCUGGAAGAACCGCACGAUUGACAUUGGAGUCGUAACCGCAGAGGAGGCUCUCAAUUACGGUUUUAGUGGGGUGAUGCUCCGCGGCUCUGGAAUCCAGUGGGAUCUCCGCAAAACCCAGCCCUACGAGGUGUACGACCAGGUGGAACUGGACUUGCCCGGGCUAAGCCUGCUUCCCCCCCGUGGUGCGGCAGGGGUGGAGGAGAUGCGCCAGUCACUCCGCAUCAUCCUGCAGUCUCUCAACAAGAUGCCCGAGGGGGAGAUCAAAGUGGAUGACGCCAAAAUCUCUCCUCCCAAGAGAGCUGAAAUGAAGACCUCCAUGGAGUCGCUGAUCCAUCACUUCAAGCUGUACACAGAGGGCUACCAGGUGCCGCCCGGAGCCACGUACACGGCCAUCGAGGCCCCCAAGGGCGAGUUCGGCGUCUACCUGGUCUCCGACGGCAGCAGCCGCCCCUACCGCUGCAAGAUCAAGGCCCCCGGCUUUGCUCACUUGGCCGGCCUGGAUAAGAUGUCGCGGGGUCACAUGCUGGCGGACGUGGUGGCCAUCAUCGGCACGCAGGAUAUCGUCUUCGGGGAGGUGGACAGAUGAGCUGCUGGCCCUGUGGGCGGCCGCCUGCGAGCCAGGAGCAGUGACCUGGGAGCCCUGCCCUCGCGGUGGUGCACGGUGCCAGUCUGGGCGGGCCGUGUGUGGGUGGGUGCACGUGUGGGUGUGCGCUGCUGCCCGUGCCGGGACUGCGCUAAUAAAGCUCCCUCUGCAGCCUC